CCCCGCUUUCCAGUCAGGUCUCCGGGCUCCCGCGAACCCUCGGCGGCCGCCGCCUCCCUCCGACCCGCCCGGCCCGACCGAGCCCAGCCGAGCCGGGGAUCCCCUCCGGCCGGGCCAUGAGCGCGGCCGCAUGAUGCGUCCCUGCCGCCGCCGCCGCCGGCCGGGAGGAGCCGCAGCGCCGGGCGGCCCCGCCCGGGCCUCGGGUCCCGUCUUGAAGGCCGGCAUGCACCUUUAGAUCCUCAAGAAAAGGCACAAAAUGUUCAAGUGAUGGUCAGUGCUGACCUGUGAGGGGUUCGCGUUGGGAACCAUGCAGCCCCCGGGACGCCGGCUGCGGGACGUGGAGCACCACCCUCUGCUGGCCGACGACAGCUACGACUCGGCGUCCUCGUCGGCCUCCGAGGCGGACGCCGUGGACAGGGUGUGGUUCAUCCGCGACGGCUGCGGCAUGGUCUGCGCCGUCAUGACGUGGCUGCUGGUGGUGUACGCGGACUUCGUGGUGACGUUCGUCAUGCUGCUGCCCUCCAAAGACUUCUGGUACUCGGUGGUGAACGGCGUGGUUUUCAACUGCCUGGCGGUGCUGGCGCUGUCGUCGCACCUGAGGACCAUGCUCACCGACCCCGGGGCAGUCCCCAAGGGGAACGCUACCAAGGAGUACAUGGAGAGCCUGCGGCUGAAGCGCGAGGUCAUCUACAAGUGCCCCAAGUGCUGCUGCAUCAAGCCCGAGCGCGCCCACCACUGCAGUAUUUGCAAGAGAUGUAUCCGGAAGAUGGACCAUCACUGCCCGUGGGUGAACAACUGCGUGGGAGAGAAGAACCAGAGGUUCUUCGUGCUCUUCACUAUGUACAUUGCCCUGUCGUCGGUCCACGCGCUCAUCCUCUGCGGGCUGCAGUUCAUCUCCUGCGUGCGCGGGCAGUGGACCGAGUGCAGUGACUUCUCACCUCCCAUCACGGUGGUCCUGCUGAUCUUCCUGUGCCUUGAGGGUCUCCUGUUCUUCACGUUCACGGCAGUCAUGUUUGGCACCCAGAUCCACUCCAUAUGCAACGAUGAGACGGAGAUCGAGAGACUGAAGAGUGAGAAGCCCACGUGGGAGCGGAGGCUGCGAUGGGAGGGGAUGAAGUCCGUCUUUGGGGGUCCUCCCUCCCUCCUCUGGAUGAACCCCUUCGUCGGCUUCCGCUUUAGGCAGCUGCAGCUCAGGCCCCGGAAGGGGGGCCCCGAGUUUUGCAGUGUGAGCCUCCGGCCGCCGGGACUCAGUCGUGGACAUUUGUUGUCGCUUGCGUCGACAGCAGUGGCCUUGCCCACGUCGGGACCAGCAGCAGGCGGAGCCAUCCGGCCACCGCCGCGGCACGCGGCUCCACGGACCCAGGGCCAGUCCCUGGGGAAGGCUGUCCCCUUCCUGCCCAGCCGGGCCGUCAGGAGGCUGUGGGGUGCCCCGUGGGUCAGGAGCCCCAUGUGCCAGGCUGCUCUUCUCGAUCCGAGACGGCAGGCAGGGUGGCAGACCGGAUGCUGUCACCAGCACCCCCUGACCGGAAGGGGCGUCUCCACAGAGACCUGGCGGUUCACGUGUGCAUCCAUCUGUGUGUGGUCUGUGUGCGCGUGCAUGUGUGGUCAAAACUGGCAGUGUUGUUGAGGCAAUGUGACAUAGACUGGCUGUGUACAGCAAACAAGCUAUUUUUUCGACACCCGCCGUUUCAGGGAAGUGGGGGUGCGCUGGCGGCCCCGUGGGGCUCCUGUGAAUGUAUCGUGUGUGGCGAGCCGGAUCCAAGAGAGCAGUCAUCCCGCGGGGCCUCCGCGGCCUCGCGUUUGCAUUUUACUUUCAGACCCAGAGCGCUCGAGGGCUCGCGCGGGGCCUUCCCCGCUCCGGCCGCACCGCGGCCCCUCUGGGCUCACGCGCCGCGCCGGUGGCUUUGGUUUCUGUGUUUGUUUCUCUACCCACAGCCAGGUGAUACGACUGGACCCUUGGUGCGAGCCUAACAUUAUGCCCGGAAGCAAACAGCUCCCUCCGCGGGGCUUGCCUUAAACCUGCCCGCUGCCCCUUUGCUGCUGACCGGGAGGAGGCGCUGCGCCCCGCCCCCAGGGCCCGUGGCGUCUCCGCCUGGGGCCGGCCGCCUUCCUGUCCGUGGUGUGUCGGCCUCUGCGGCGACCGGCGGGGGGCCAGCCUGCGGGAAGGGAGCCCCUGCAGAGGGGACGGACUCAGCCACAGGUCACCGCGGCUCACCAGGACCGCGGGCCGCGGAGAUUGUGUCCAGUAGUUCCUGCACACCGUGUCUGGCUUGGACGCGUGUGGGAGGCUUUUAGUAUGUACAACCUGUUCAAUCAGAGUCACUAGCAAAGCGGGUGACACCGCGAGACUUGGCGAAUCAAGUAUACUUGACUUUCAACCUCCUUUCAAUGUAAUUUUUAUAUGAAUAAAGUAACCAAUGGACAGUUCUCACACCA